AUGGGCACAGAGCGAAAUUGCGAACGAAUUGGAAAUCGUGUAUCUUUUUGGACCAAGCUUGUUGAAGAUGUUCAAUUCUACGAAACGAUUGAUUUCACCCCACCCCAAUACAGACGUUUCAGCCCGGUCGUGACGCCGGGUGUAUUCACCUGGCAGCGUAGCCUGGUCGGAGAGCGCGUAGAGCCGGAGUGGAAUCCAAGCAGCCGGCAUUCCGGGCCUGUGUAUGUCAAAGUGAUGGUUAAUAUUCCACGUCAUACACGGUAA